GUGGUGACCAUGCCAGAGUACCUGAAGAAGCGAUUUGGAGGGAAUCGGAUCCGGAUUUAUCUCUCUGUGCUCUCGCUUUGCCUCUACAUAUUCACCAAGAUAUCGGCGGACAUGUUUUCAGGAGCCAUAUUUAUUCGGGAGGCACUGGGAUUGAACUUGUAUGUUGCCGUGGUGAUCCUGCUUUCCAUCACUGCACUGUAUACUGUGACGGGUGGCUUGGCGGCUGUGAUCUACACGGACACGUUGCAGACCAUCAUCAUGGUGGUGGGGUCCUUCAUUCUGAUGGGUUUCGCAUUCAAUGAAGUGGGCGGCUAUGACACCAUGAAGGAGAAAUAUAUGAAUGCCAUCACUAGCCAGACUACUGCUCCCAAUCUGAACAUCAGUGCAAAAUGUUACACACCCCGUCCAGACUCUUUCCACUUGUUCCGAAAUCCCAUCACUGGUGAUAUUCCUUGGCCAGGCCUGAUCUUCGGCCUGUCAAUCCUGGCAAUCUGGUAUUGGUGUACCGAUCAGGUCAUCGUUCAACGCUGUCUCUCUGCAAAGAAUAUGAGUCAUGUCAAGGCUGGUUGUAUCCUUUGUGGCUACCUCAAGCUGUUACCCAUGUACCUUAUGGUCUUCCCAGGAAUGAUCAGUCGGAUUCUGUACACAGAUGUCGUAGGUUGUGUUGUGCCCAGUCUUUGCAAAGAGUACUGCGAUGCUGAUGUUGGGUGCACCAACAUUGCCUACCCCCGGCUGGUGGUGAAGCUGAUGCCAAAGGGUCUGCGUGGCUUGAUGCUGUCUGUCAUGUUGGCAUCGUUGAUGAGUUCCCUGACAUCCAUCUUUAACAGUGCCAGCACACUUUUUACCAUGGACAUCUGGACCAAGAUCAGACCCAAAGCAACAGAGAAGGAACUGAUGUUAGCAGGAAGGGUGUUCACCUUGGUCCUGAUUGGGAUCAGUAUUGCCUGGAUUCCGAUCGUACAAACCGCACAGAGUGGGCAGCUCUUUGACUACAUCCAGUCGAUCACCAGCUACCUGGGUCCUCCGAUAGCUUCUGUCUUCCUGUUGGCCAUCUUUGUCAAGCGUGUCAACGAGCCAGGUGCAUUUUGGGGCUUGAUAUUUGGCCUUGCCACUGGCUUGUCUCGGAUGAUCCCGGAGUUUGUGUAUGGAACGGGCAGCUGUGUGAGUCCGAGCAACUGUCCCAAGAUUAUUUGCGGCAUCCAUUACCUGUACUUUGCCAUCAUCCUCUUUGUCGCCACCAUUGUGAUGGUACUCAUUGUGUCUUUCCUGACAAAGCCAAUUGAUGAUGUUCAUCUUUACCGACUGUGUUGGAGUUUACGAAACAGCAAAGAGGAACGUGUCGAUCUGGAUAACCCGUGGCCCAACAUUUCAACUCCCCCUCCCACUCUGCCGAGUCUUUUUGUCUCAGAGUCUGUCCAAGAUGUGAGCUGCUGGAAGAAAACCUACAACUGGUUCUGUGGAUUCGACCAGAAGACCAAAAAGCUGAGCAAAGAGGAACAAGAAGCCCUUCAACAGCAGCUGACGGACAUCUCAGAGGUGCCCCUGUGGAGAAAUGUCGUCAACAUGAACGCCAUCAUUCUGCUGGCCGUCUGCAUCUUCUUCUGGGCGUUUUACGCAUAACACGAGGGGUCAAAGGUGACCUCCGACUGACUGACCUCUCUCAACCAUUUUAACCAAACCCAUGAUGCACUGCUUUCACAGUCUUCACAAACGAGUGCGCUCAAUGCUGUCUGAUUUGUACUUCUUAAAAAACAAAACGGUGUUUCUAAAAUAGACACUUCCUUUCUUAUCAAACAAUAGGAUGAAACUGGUGGCCCAGUUUUUACAAAGAGAUCUUGAGAAAUUUUGAGAAUCCCUGCUGGAUCCUGAGGCCUUUGCUUCACUGAGCUGCAAAUUUGCACACAUUACGUCAGCUACAAGUUUGAUGACAGCAAGCUGGCAGAAGUUUGUAAGAGGCGCUUAUAGAAACAAUACCUGAAGACAAUUGUUUCAAAAAUGGAUAAUUUAUUAUGUUUUUAAAGAAAUAAGUGCAAUA